CAUGCGCAGAUGGCGAAUCGCUGUCACCCACUGCUGCUGGGGCUCCAGACACGACCUCCUACAGCACUGAGCUAAUUUAUCCUGCAUAAACAACACUCUGGCAGCACAGGCAAAGAACGGUGACUGAUUGGUUUACACUGAAGUGGAGCAUUUGUGUUGAUGUGAUGUUGGAGGAUCAGGUCAUGCACUGAGCCUCCCAUGGCUGUCACCAUGGACUCUGAGUCAGCCCGGACACCUCAACCCCAGGCUGCCUUGACGAAAGGAGCGCCAUCCUUGCUGCCUUCUGGGAUUCUGAGUGCCAGGUUGGGUCACCAGGGGAAGCACUAUGUCUGCGGUUCCAUUGCAGCUGUCACUAAUAUCGUGGUGACCUUCCCCAUUCAGAAGAUUUUGUUCCGCCAACAGCUGCAUGGCGUGCUGGCUACCGAGGCGGUGCGGCAGCUCCAGAGGGAUGGGUUGAGGAACCUUUAUCGAGGUCUGCUCCCUCCGCUGCUACAGAAGAGCACCACCGUGGCCAUCAUGUUCGGCCUUUACGAGGACUUCUCUCGAGUGUUACUUGACCACGCCGGCGGCAGCGGCAUACCAGAGCUUGUAACCAGAAGCUUUGCAGCAGCUCUAGCAGGAACUGCAGAAGCCAUCCUCAUGCCGUUCGAGCGUGUACAGACUCUCCUCCAAGACCAUCGACACCACGCGCGCUUCAACAACACCGCCCACACCUUCCGGACACUCCUUACCGAGUACGGUGUUAGAGAGUGUUACCGCGGCCUUGUGCCCAUACUCCUCCGUAAUGGCCCCAGCAACAUACUCUUCUUUGGGCUUCGGGGGCCCAUUAAAGAGCUGCUGCCAGAGGCCACUAACAAGGCCGGCCACUUGGUUAACGAUUUUGUGUGCGGAGGCGUGCUGGGGGCAGCUCUUGGCAUCAUGUUUUACCCACUGAAUGUGAUCAAAUCCCGAGCUCAGUCUCGUGUUGGUGGAGAUUUCCCGUCGUGCAGGACGGUGCUGUUAACGGUGUGGAGGGAAAGGGGCGGCAGCCUGGCCAUGCUGUUCAGAGGCGCCCAUCUCAACUACCACCGCUCACUCAUCUCCUGGGGGAUCAUCAAUGCCACAUACGAGUUUCUGCUGAAGCUUCUAUGAAAGGAGGUAACAUGGAAAUGGUAAAGUUUUGUUUUAAACGAGGGCAGAAAGAGAGAGUUGACUGUAACUGUUUGGAAACAAAGCAGUCAGUGUAAGAUAAUCACUGCCAUUGUUACUUUUCAAUGUUUUCAGAGCAUUAUACCCAACACUCAUACUCCAGCCUUCACAAUUCUUGUGCCAGGGUCCAAAUGGUAGCCCUCGUGUGCUCGUGUACAGAAAGUUGGAAGAGUUUUGUCUUUCUUUUUGUCUACAGUUGAGUAAAAAUGAUCUAAUACGAUUAGCUGUUUGUACCAAAAGCUUUUACUUUAAAUGAGCUGCAGCGUUUUGAAAUCCACCUGUUUGUUAGACCAAGCACACUUUGGCCAUACCGUUCAAAUGUAGCCACUUUUGUGCUUUUCACUGAAAAUAAUUGUGACAGAGAGACUGAAACUCCUGCUGUUUUUUCUUGUUCCUUACAUUUAUGUGAAUCACACGCUGACGAGAUCGACAGACAAAUGCAGAAGAAAUGAUUCAAAUCAAACCUAUUUUUUAGAAAUACCAAAAAUAUAAAAUAAAGAACUAGUAUGGCCAGGGUAGCAAAAAAAUAUUUAUGGUCACUAAAGUUUUUUUGGGAAAAUAUUUGUGUAAAACAAUUUAUUUUGACUUCUUUUUUAUGAACGAACAAGCAGGAUGUUGUAGUUCUGAUGAAUGCUUUUAACGCAUUUGUCAGUAAAAAAAAAUGCUCCAUCCUAUUUAGCUGUUCUUAAAAAUGUUUAAAAUAGAGUGAAACUGUAUUUGGAGUUCUAUUAAACAGAGAAAGUGUGAAUGUUAAAUUGUAAGUGCACCUUCUGUUUUGGACAAAUGCUUCUUAUUAUUCACUCAAAAUCAAUUAGUUACUGAACAUUUAGCUGGUGUCACUGGUUUGGCUCUUGUAUUUAUUGAUAUUUCCUUCUCAUGCUUGCUCUCCUCUCUGUCUGUAACAUCUGUUGACAUAAUGGGCUCAAAUUUCAAGCUUGAGUAGAUGCAGCAGCUCUGAGUGCGUGCCCGACGAGGAAGGGAACGUCGCUCGCGUAUUUGAGACCGAAAAGUAACGUUCCAGAGAAAAGGCAGGGAUAGAGGGUGAUGUUCUGUGGCACAAAAGCUCAAGCUGCCAUGUAAUAUGGACCACUUGGCCUGUUUUUAUUUUUGAACUAUACCCAUUGUUCUGCUGGGUUACACGUUGUCCAGGUUUGAGAUUUCUUUGUCAGACGUAAGAUUUUAUAUCCUGUUUAUACAAAUGCUGAUGUUAAAAUGAUUUUCGUGGAGAAAAAGUCACUACGUGGAUCUAAAAAUGUCAAAUCCAAUAAAACUUUGAACAAUC